GAGCAAAAUAACACAAUCAUAUUGCCCACUUACAAACACGUGAUCUACUAGCGCACUCUGAAGCUUUUCCCGUUGAACGACGAAUUCCAGCCGAAAUACCGAUUUCGAAUUGCAACAGUCAAUUGAUUCCUAACGUAAUCGUGGUCAUUUAAGCCUCGAUAUUGAAUUAGUUGGUACCGUUCUUUUAGUUUUCAAGAUGCUUUCGAGAACUGCCAGACCCGCUCUGCGAGCAGCCGUCGCGGCUUCCUCCAGACCAGUUGCCCCUCAAGCUGCCGGAUAUGCGACCCUCCGUGAAAUCGAGGACAGAUUAAAGUCCAUUCGCAACAUCGAGAAAAUUACAAACACCAUGAAGAUCGUUGCAUCCACCAAGCUUACCCGAGCACAAAAGGCUAUGCGAGAGUCCCGAUCCUACGGAGAGAGCUCCAACAGCGUUUUCGAGCAUGCCGAGACCAAGGCCUUGGAGAGUGACAAGAAGAGAUUGAUUGUUGUCGCCAGUUCAGACAAGGGUCUUUGCGGUGGUAUCCAUUCCGGUUUGUCCAAGCAAGUCCGCAGAAUGUUGGCAGCAGACUCAAAUGCCGACAUCGUUGUUUUGGGUGAGAAGUGCAAGGCUCAACUCAGUCGUUCCAGUGGAAAGAACAUUGUCAUGAGCUUUGCUGGUGUUGGAAAGGAUGUCCCUACAUUCGCAGAUGCUCAAGCUAUCGCGGAUCAAAUCGUUCUCUUGCCAACUGACUACUCCUCCGUUCAAAUUGUUUACAACAAGUUCAUCAACGCUACAAGUUACGAGGCCACCCCAAUCGAGGCUUUCUCCGAGGAGGCUAUUGCCAACUCCCCCAACUUCUCCGCAUUCGAGAUCGAAGAUGAGACCCUUGGUAACCUCCGUGAAUAUGCUCUCGCCAACUCCCUCUUCUGGGCCCUUGCUGAGGGACAUGCCUGUGAACAAUCUGCCCGUCGUAAUGCUAUGGACAAUGCUUCCAAGAACGCCGGUGACAUGAUCACCAAGUACCAAAUUCUCUUCAACAGAACCCGUCAAGCCGUCAUUACUGGUGAAUUGGUUGAAAUUAUUACUGGUGCUGCUGCUUCAGAAGAAUAGAGGGUUUGUGAAUAUGUAGACUAGUCGAACGACUCGCGACUCUUUUGGGAGCCGAGUUAAAUGAGAUUCCCUUUUGUGCCAAUGCAUUAAUACCAAUGCAAUAAAAGUUGGAAAUUGGUUUUUUGAUGUCUCGUGUUUGAAUGUUGUGCUUGGGGUGUUACCAUGGGAUUUUGAUGUUGCAACUGUGUUUAUUUGCUUCGGUUUGCUUCCAUGCUAUCGUCAGCUCUGGUCCUAAAGUCACCCAAGAACUUUAAUGAAUGAUCGUCCUUCCAGUGGAGGAGCUCGGCUAUUCAUUCGUUAUUUGCGUGCAAUUCCGCUUCGCCUCUACUUUCUCCCAAUGCGUGGCUCGAAAAUAAUACACAAAGUCGUCCUAGCCUCCCCUUUUUCGGUACCAUAGAUCAAUUGCUGUUGGUUCCCACAUGUUCUCGCAAUAUAAACUUUGCAAACUAUAAUUCUCUCUGGACUUCUUCA